GCCGAACAGGACACAGAACUGGACGAGUUAUUGGACAGUAAGAUUUGACAUUACUCCCGAGUGAAGUAUCAAUCCUGCCAAUACAUUAAUUCAUACAAAGAAUUGUGUCAAACGUGGCGCAGCGGAGCAACGUGCCUUGUUAGCGAGGUGCACUCGAUGACUUUGAAAAGACAAACCCAGCCACCCCAGUUCCUGCUGCUGCCGCGGCUCCCCCAUCAGCCAAGGGCAGUGAAGAGAAACCCCCUCUACUGGAAGACAGUCAGUUCUUUGAGGCUCUGUUUGAAGGGGAGAUGGCCUCUCAGGCGAAGGAGGAGUGGGAGAAAGCCAUGACUGAACUCGCACAGGAAGAACCUGAGCUGCUGCAACACUUUCACAAAUUGUCAGAGGCAGCAGGGAAAGUUGGUACUGAUGUAGCCUCCCAACAAGAAUUCACUUCCUGUCUCAAAGACACCCUCAGUGGGUUGGCGAAAAAUGCAGACAACUUACAGAGUGCAGGUUUGGCUGGAGAGGAUCUAGCAAAGACUCUGGAAGGGCUGGGAUUGGAUGAGGGUGGACAGGGGGGCGGGGAAGAUGGAAACAUCUUGCCGAUUAUGCAGUCCAUCAUGCAGAAUCUACUCUCCAAGGAAGUGCUCUAUCCAUCUCUCAAAGAGAUCACUGAGAAGUAUCCUGAGUGGUUGAACAGCAAUCGCCAGUCCCUCCCGGCAGAUCAGUUCCAGCGCUACGAACAGCAGCACAAGGUCAUGGGAGAGAUCUGCAGCCAGUUUGAGAAGGAGGGAGAGCGAAGUGGAAGGGAUGGGGAGAAUUGCUUUGAGAGCAUUCUGGAACUCAUGCAGCAGCUACAAGACCUGGGCCAACCACCCAAAGAGCUGGCUGGUGAAUCGCCACCUGGCCUGAACUUUGACCUGGAAUCCCUGAAUCUCCCAGGAGCCUCUGGGGCUGGAGCGGCAGAGCAGUGCUCAAUCAUGUGAUGUCAGAGCAGCCAGAUCAAUAGAUGCACAGGCUAGGAGCUGUGUGCAAGGGGGGGAUGAUGAGAGAGGACGAUCGGUCACAAGACAAGGUGGAGAACGAGACUGUUUGCACUGCUCUCCCGGCAACAGAUGUUUCUGUGUCUACAGAGAAGACACAGUCAAGGGUGGCACAACAAACCAAUGUUACCACCCUUCAGUAACUCACUGAUCAUCACUUCACUGAUUUUAAAUUAAUUGCUUUGGUUUUUCAUAAGCUUUUCCAGGUCAUUCAUAGUACAGGUAGUAGCAUACCCACACACACAGCUCAAAUGACUAGCGCUUGACUUAUGAGUCCGUUUUUACACUCACCAUUGUUUAGCCCCUGGUAGAACUGGUUGAACUGGCCUGUUGGUUAAAAUGGUGUCUUGCAUUAUUGUUAUAAACCUCACAGCAAGGAUAGUAGGAUUCUCUGUUGUGAGAGUUGCUGAGUGAUGAUUGAGUUGUUUCAUAGCUGCAGUAUCAUCAUGGGUCUGCGUGCCCAACAAAGGGUGUUGAGCCACCGUCACAGUUCCACUCAAUCAAUAAAGUAACCAACACCCCAGGGGUUGAUUAGGUUGUUUCUGACCACUAGUUUAGAGUUAUACAUUUAGGCAUUUUCAUCAUUAAUACUGUUAAUGUAACAAAUGCGUGUAGAUUAAUAUUGUUGGUUGCAUAACCAGUGUACAUUUGUGAAUUAUUUAAAGAAAAUCGAGGAGUUAAACUUAUACCUCGUUCUAAUUUCAUAAUCAUAAGACGGCUAACUGAUUUUUAGAGACUGACUUUACCUUGGUUAGUUAUAUAGUAUCUUCCCAAAAGCUACUAUGUUGUACCAGAGACUGUAUAUGGCUGUGCACUUGAUUUGACCUCUAGUUUUCUUGACGUAACAAUGUUUGAACCGACAUCCACAAGAUGUAAGAACCAGUCCUGUGGCCAAUUGUGACAUAUAUUUAUAAUUGACAUUAUUCAAGUUUUUAAACAGGUUAGCGAGGUUGGUGCUCUGGUUUGCGCAUGGGGCUAGAGCCAAGGUCGGUCAGUAGCCAUCGGGAUUAAGACGGUCCCCUGAAUCCCGGGGCGUCUGUCCAGUAGUGGGACUCUUUUGUGACUGUGGUUAUAACCCUCCUAGCUUUUUAUGCACUACAAGUUAUGGAAAAAAGGUUUCUGACACCGUGACAACAAUGUCGAACUUGGAUUUGAGCCAUGAUGAGAGAAUACUGUUUCGCAUGAUUAUAUCAAAACCGGUAGCACUACUGGUAUGUGACCCUGCUGUUUUUCUUGUGAUCAAAAUGAUACGAAUAUAUAGCAUUUAUUUAAGGGACAGACACAAGUAGUAAAACAGUUAAAAUAAUUUCAGAGAAUCUUUACAAGAGUUGAAGUGAUGUGCAAAAAUGACUUUGUUGUGGGCACAGUGAUUAGUAGUUAAAAUGACUGUGAAUUACCCCUUGUGUUUGCUGUUCAUUUGGAGUGAGUGGAGUGACAUUCUUGAUAUUUCAUAUGCCAACAUAUGCAUUGACUGAAUCUUGGGGAGUACCGCUGCAGUUAAUGAUUUUCAUUAGUCAAAUUGGGUGCUACUUCAUUAGGUAUGUACUCUUUCAUACCCUAUAUCCAGACAUGUUCAUUCUGGUUGUGUAAUUUAUUGGCAGCUGGCAUCUAGAGUAGACACCUUAUCACCUCAAACAUUGGGAUUUACUUCACUUGUGGUAAACAUACAGUACCAGCCAAAAGUUUGGACACAACUACUCAUUCAAGGGUUUUUCUUUAUUUUUACUAUUUUCUACAUUGUAGAAUAAUAGUGAAGACAUCAAAACUAACCAAAAAGUGUUAAACAAAUCCAAAUAUAUUUGAGAUACUUCAAAUAGCCACCCUUUGCUUUGAUAAGCUUUGCACACUUGGCAUUCUCUCAACCAGCUUCACCUGGAAUGCUUUUCCAACAGUCUUAUGCUGAGCACUUGUUGGCUACUUUUCUUUCAAUCUGCAGUCCAAUUCAUCCCAAACCUUCUCUAUUGGGUUGAGGUCAGGUGAUUGUGGAGGCCAGGUCAUCUGAUGCAGCACUAAUCACUCUCCUUCUUCGUCAAAUAGCCCUUACACAGCCUGGAGGUGUGUUUGGUCACUGUCCUGUUGAAAAACAUGAUAGUCCCACUAAGCGCAAACCAGAUGUGAUGGCGUAUAGCUGGAUAAUGCUGUUGUAGCCAUGCUGGUUAAGUUUGCUUUGAAUUCUAAAUAAAUCACUGACAGCGUCAUCAGCAAAUCUCAAUAACACCACCUCCUCCAUACUUCACGGUGGGAACCACACAUGCAUAGAUCAUCUGUUCACCUACUCUGUGUCUCACAAAGACAUGGUGGUUGGAACCAAAAAAUCUCACAUUUGGAAUCCAGACCAAAGGACAAAUUUCCAUUGCUUGUGUUUCUUGGCCAAAGCCAAUCUCUUCUAAUUGGUGUCCUUUUGUAGUGGGUUCUUUGCAGCAAUUCGACCAUGAAGGCCUGAUUCACGCAGUCUCCUCUGAACAGUUGAUGUUGAGAUGUCUGUUGUUUGAACUCUGAAGAAUUUAUUUGUAAUUUCUGAGGCUGGUAACUCUAAUGAACUUAUCCUCUGAAGCAGAGGUAACUCUCGGUCUUCCUUUCCUGUGGCGGUCCUCAUGAGAGCCAGUUUCAUCAUAGUGCUUGAUUUUGUUUUGCAUCUGCACUUGAAUAAACUUUUUCAAAGUUCUUGAAAUUUUACGGAUUUACAGACCAUGUCUUAAAGUAACGAUGGAUUGUCGUUUCUUUGCUGAUUUAUUUUCUUCUAUGAGGUUAAACGGCGGUUGGCAUCCAAUUUGUUGCAUUACUGCCACCUACUAGACUGGAGUUCAACCCCCUUAUACUUUACUUGAAAAAUAAAAAAGUACUAAACAAAUACCCUACCGUCUAACACUACUCACUAAUUUCAAAAUUAUAUAAAAUAAAAUGACCCCCCUACUCCACUAAUUAAAUGUAUUUAUUCCUACCUCGGGACAUCGCCACUUAAUACAUCCUGUAACUCUCAGUCUCGUACAACCAAAAUACCUCUCUGGGGAUGCCACCACAACCUCCAUUUUCUGAGACUUCCGAUCCAUCCCUGCAGUACAGUUGAUAACAAUUGCUAUAAAUGCUAAAAAUCCGAUCUUACUGAAACGUAUUUCACUUUUGUCCUAUCCCUCUGUUUUGGCAUGUCUUUACUACUCUCACCACUCCUCCCCUUACCCAUCUUCCUCAACUUUCUUCACUGCCUCAGCAUAUGACAACUUCUGCACUACUCUAACCCUGGAAACCUCAACCUGCCUCUCUCGCACGGGACAUUUCUGAUCCCCAGCUCCAUGGGGCACCCCUAAAAUUAACACAUUCCACUACUUUCCCCAAUACUACACAUUCUUUUGUCUCAUGCCCUUCUGCACAUUUCCAUCACCUUGGACCCUCCCUCCAACACACUGCUGCCACAUGCCCAUAAGCUUGACACCUGUAGCAUCUUAAUGUAUUCGGCACAUACGCUCGUACAGGAUAACUUUUUAUUCUAACUUCACAUUGUCAGGCAAAGACUCAUCUUCAAAACUCAAAAGAACAAUGACUCUUCUGUUUCCCCACUCUUGCCACUCUGUCUGCAUCACAUUAAACAAUGAGCAUCACAUACACUGGGAAUCUUUCCCCUCAGCUGGUCAACGUUUAUUUCUACUGCUACCCCAGUUAUCACUCCAUUCAUUGGUUCUGUUUCUUGAGAACGAAACAAUUCACUUUUCUUGCCCCCAUUCAUUUUACUUUGAGCGCAUUCUUCCUCUGCCCAACAGAAACACAAACAAUUAUCACUAGACCACUUCUAGUUACCCUCAUCGAUUCCACAUGACCCAACUCUUUUCACCCACCGUGAAUCCACAAAUGGAUCGGCCAAAAGGCAUGAGUCCACUUUUUCCAUAAACUUCACUCCUACUGUCACGGACUCUUGUUCAUCCUGAACCCAGGUGCAUACCUCCGUCUCCGAUAACUUUACUGCACCUACCACCUCCGAUACUUCACCCUAAUUCACUUCCAUUUCUCCUCCUGUCUUCAGCUCCCUCUGCUUACACUUUCUACCAUUCCUCUUUGACAACCAAUCUUCCUUUUCCCACUAUAUUUAUCCGACUCAAGCUCACCCUCUUAUUCUCUCACUUUCAGACCUCUUCUCUCUCUGUUUUUCCCUCCAUUCCUUCUCCGUUUUCCAAGUACACGUCUCCUUAUGAUAAUACUGCCACUCCACCCCUGACACUCAUCUUGUACUUGCUUUCUCUAGGGACUCCAUUUUCCCCUUCCGGAGUUCUGCUCAUGUCUCAAAUAAUGUGCCUACAACAGCGCAGCUGCUUUUUGCUUAUUUGAGCCAUAAUAUGGAUUUGGUCUUUUACCAUCUAGGGCUACUGAUUGUUCUCAAAUGCAUUUAGAAGGAAAGAAAUUGUACAAAUGAACUUUUAACAAAGCACACUUGUUCAUUGAAAUGCAUUCCAGGUGGCUAGCUCAUGAAGCUGAUCGAGAGAAUGCUAAGAGUGUGCAAACCUGUCAUCAAGGCAAAGGGAGGCUACUUUGAAGAAUAUCAAAUAUAUUUGGAUUUGUUAAACACUUAUUUGGUUACUACAUGAUUCCAUAUGUGUUAUUUCAUAGUUUUGAUGUCUUCACUAUUAUACAAUAUGGAAAAUAGUAAAAAAUAAAGAAAAUCCUUCAAUGAG